AUGGUUUGGCGGCUUCAGGCGGCUUACACGUGUUCGGCGGCCUCGGCAUCGGCGGUGAGGGCGCUGGCCGCUCGCGACUGAGCUCGCAAUCGCACCCGACCGCGAAAGAGCGGAGCGGCGGGAUGAAGCUGACUCGCGCGGAGUCGUUUGAGGAGCUGGGGCUGCAGCCUAGCGCCGAUGUUGAGGAAGUGCGGGCGGCUUACAAGCGACUGGCACUGCAAUGGCACCCCGACAAGCACCCUCCCGAGGCGCAGCAGGCCGCCACCUCCCGCUUCCAACGCAUCAGCGCUGCCUAUGCCUGCCUCAGCCGGCCUCUCCACGGCGGCCCCGGCGGCACGGGCGGGUACGACCAGGGUGACGACGACGACCCUGGCGACGGCUUUGCCGAGUUCAUGGCGGCACAGAUGCGGAUGCGCGAGGCCGCCAUGUUUGCAAGGAUGUUCGGCGGCGGGCGGGGCCCGCGCUUCCCCUUCCCCUUCCCGCCUUUCUUUCCCUUCGGCUUCCGUGCCCGGCCGCAGCCGCCGCCGUGGGCCCGGGGCGGCAGCUAUGGCUAUGGCAGCGACAGCGACAGCGACGACGGAGGCUGGAGCAGCAGGGCCCGGGGCCGGCCCCACAGCCCGCCGCCGCCGCCGCCGACGUCCAAGGAGGGGCUGCAGGAGCGGUGGCGGCGGGCGGUGCUGGCACCACAGGCGCGGCCGGCGGCAGUGCGGCAGGUGGCCUCCGGGCCCUCCUGGCUGGAGGUGGAGCUGGGCGGACUGCCGCCGCCGCCAGCUGACCUGAGGCGGACUCGCAGGUCGGACCUGCCCACGGGCCUGGCGGUGCAGUACGCAUCGCGACCCCUGCAGCAGCGACAGCAGCAGCAGCAACAGGACGACGGAGGGCCCGGGGGAGAAGGGGCGGCGGCAGCGGCGGCAGCAGAGGAGACACUACACAGCGGCAGGCAGCAGCGGGGCGGCGGCGGGGGUCGCGGCAACAAGGCGGGCAGCAAGAGCAAGGGGGGAAAGGGGCAAAAGCGGCACAAGGGCGCGGGUGCUGCUGGUGCUUCUGGUGCUGCUGGUGCCGCUGCGGGUGCGGGUGAUGGUGGUGGCGGUUGGCGCAGCUGGGACAGGGCGGAGGUGCUGUCGCAGAUGCGGCUGAGCGGCCUGGACCCAGGCACGGUGUACGAGGUGCGUGCGCGGCUGUGUGUGACCCGCACACACACCUGGAGUGACGCGGACGAGUGGAAGCCCUGGGGCGCAGUCGUGCUCAUGACCACGGCGGGGCAGGCGCCGGCACCACCGCAGACAGCGCCGCCGCAACAGCCGCCGGCGCCACGGCCGGUGCCGCCGCCUGCUGGUGGGCAGCACGAGCCGCAGGAGGGCAGGUCGGGUCCGGCGCAGGGGGCGCAGGAGCAGGAGAAAGAGGAGGCGCAGGAGGAAGAGGAGGAACAGGAGGAAGAGGAGGAGGAAGACCACGAUGACGUCUUGCGGUGGUUCCGCAUGCGAGGUGGUGCAGCGGCUGCGACGGCAGCGCAGCCAAAGCGUGAGCGCGCGCCGCCGCAGAAGCCGCGGCCUCAGCCGCCCCCACCGCCGCCGCCGUCCCAACCGGCGCCGUCAAGUCAACAGCAGCGGUCGCGUCAGGAGGAGUCGUAUGAAGAAAUCGAUGCGGAGGCCGUGGAAGAGCAGGCGGCGAGGGCAGCGGGGCGCGCCUACCCAGGCGGCGGCGGGGCACAUGCCGCUGCCUAUGCCACCAGUGGCAGCGCCACCACUGCCGCACCGCCUCCGCUACCGGCUCCGCCACGGCCGCCACCGGCACAGCAGCAGGCGCACCCCCAGGCGCACCCGCAGGCGCUGGGCAACAAGGAUUGCAGGCACUGGCUGGGCAAAGGCCGCUGCUUCAUGGGCGGCAAGUGCCACUUCAGGCAUGACCCGGACAAGCGCGGUGCCGCCAAGAGCGAUGCAGCGGCAGCCCCGGCGGCAGCGGGCGCAGAGCAGUACGGCGGCGGCGGUGGGGCUCACCGGGUGCACGGGGAGUAAGAGGCGCCGCCCCCCUCCUAUAACUUCGGCUCAGGGGCUUCCGGGCUCUGACGCCGACGGGGCCUGGCUGCCGCCGUCGGACUGGAGCCUGUGGGAGCACCUGCCAGUGGGAUGGGGGGAGGGCGGUGGAGCAGGCCUGCGAGGGCGGGGCGGGGCGCUCUCGACUGAACGGCUGCCGGCCCAAGGGCGGGAGCGGCCGGGCGAGUGGGGCGGCACCUAUGGCGGUGCAGUGCAGCCGGGGAGUCGAGGCCUGGUCGAGGCGGCGGCAGCGGGCAGGGGCCGGGGUUGGUAGUAGUCGUUGCUUGGAGGGUGUGCGAGGGUGGAUGCGGGAUGAGGGCUGUGCUGCUGUCUUUGAAUUGUUUACGCCGGCAGCAGCAGCAGGCGCCCCCGCCUCAGCCUCAGCUUGUGACUCCUGGCACACGUGCGUGCGGGUGUGUGAUGGGACAGGGUUUAGGCAGGUUGGCGAGGUCCCGUAGUGUGCAGCUGACGCCCAUACCCCAAGCAGACAGCAGACAGUUAGACGUGCGUGCGGGGUUUGAGGCGGCGGGACGUGUGUUGCGGUGCGGAGCGUUAGUAGUUGUGUCAGGUACUGCGUGGUGGUGAUGGUUUUCACCAUUCCCAGUUCGCUGCGAGCGUGCGGGGCGGGAGUCUGCGGAGGCGUGGCGAUGUAGGCGACUAGUGCUGCACUGCUACUGAUGCAGCGAUGGCACUCGCCGUAGCCAUCGUGGAAACGCUUU